AUGGAGUCCCUCAACAUAACCACCAUUAGAACCUCAUCAGAUGGAGUUUGGCAAGGCGAUAAUCCUUUCAACUACGCAUUCCCUUUACUUAUUAUACAAACUAUCUUAGUCCUUUUCACCAGCCGCUUCCUGGCUUUCCUUAUUAAACCCCUUCGACAACCCAAAGUCAUUGCUGAAAUUCUUGGUGGGAUUUUGCUUGGACCGUCUGCUCUGGGACGAAACAAAGAAUACUUACAUUUAGUUUUCCCAUCAUGGAGCACUCCCUUACUCGAGUCAGUAGCAAGCAUUGGUCUUCUCUUUUUUCUUUUCCUCGUUGGCCUUGAACUUGAUUUAAUUUCAAUUCGUCAGAACGGCAAAAGUGCUUUCAAAAUAGCAGUAGCUGGAACUACACUCCCCUUCCUCUUCGGAGCUGGAGUUUCUUUGUUUCUCAAAAAAGCCGUCUAUGCAGAGAAAAAUGUGGGCUACGGCCCAUUCCUCUUGUUUAUAGGCGUGUCUCUUUCCAUUACAGCUUUCCCUGUACUGGCUCGCAUUCUAGCUGACCUCAAACUCCUAACAACGCAAGUUGGUCAGAUCGCCAUGGCCGCUGCGGCUUUUAAUGACGUUGCUGCAUGGGUCCUUUUAGCUCUAGCUGUAGCCAUCGCAGGUAACGAGUCGGAUCAUGAGACCCAAAAAAGCUCAUUAGUAUCUAUAUGGGUUCUCAUUUCAGGUGUUGCAUUUGUUGCUUUCAUGUUUAUUGCUGUCCGUCCAAUUAUGAACUGGGUUGCACGCCAGUGCUCAUGCGAACACGACGUCGUUGAUGAAGUUUAUGUUUGUUUAACCUUAGCUGGCGUUAUGUUAUCAGGAUUUCUCACUGACCUUAUCGGAAUUCAUGCCAUUUUUGGUGCUUUUGUGUUUGUUUUAACGAUUCUAAAAGGAUGUGUAUUUUCGGUUAGUUUGAUGACGAAGAUUCAGGAUUUUGUGUCGGGAUUGUUGCUGCCGCUUUACUUUGCGUCAAGUGGGUUAAAAACCGAUGUGGCGAAGAUACGAGGUGCGGAGGCGUGGGGGCUUUUGGUGUUGGUGAUAUCAACAGCUUGUGCGGGAAAGAUAUUGGGAACUUUUGUGAUGGCGAUGAUGUGUAUGAUUCCCGUUAGAGAAUCCUUAGCGCUUGGUGUGCUGAUGAACACAAAGGGAUUAGUGGAGCUGAUUGUUCUUAACAUUGGCAGGGAAAAGAAGGUUCUUAAUGAUGAGAUGUUCGCAAUUUUGGUGCUCAUGGCACUCGUUACUACUUUCAUGACAACUCCAACUGUUAUGGCUAUUUACAAACCCCUCCGCCGUGUUACUACUCAAACUCGACGACAAUUGGAGCGAAAAUCAGCGAAUGGCAAGAAAUUAGAAGACGAGUUUCGGAUCAUGGCUUGCAUACACGGUCCUGAAAAUGUUCCUUCACUCAUCAAUGUUGUCGAGUUAAUGAGGAACACCAAGAUAUCCCGUCUCAAACUCUACGUCAUGCACCUUGUUGAGCUCACUGAUCGCUCGUCGUCGAUUGUCAUGGUUCAGAAAGCUCGAAAGAAUGGCGUUCCUUUCAUUAAUAGAAUCGGUCGAGGCAUGUCAAAUGAUCAAAUAUUCGCUGCCUUUGAAACUUAUAGCCAACUGGGAAGAGCUAUUGUUCGCCAUUCGACAGCCAUUUCAUCGUUGUCUUCAAUGAAUGAGGACAUUUUCCAUGUUGCGGAGGACAAGAGGGUGACGAUGAUCCUCUUGCCCUUCCACAAACAGUGGAGAGGAGACGGCGCAGAGGCGAUGGAUAGCGUUUUACCAGGGUGGAGAGAGGUCAACCGGAUGGUUUUACAGAAUGCACCUUGCUCGGUGGCAGUGCUCGUCGACCGUGGAUUUAAUUACGAGUCUAAGAUGGUGGGAGAUUCCACCGCUUCCAUGCCAAAAAGGGUAUGCAUUGCAUUCGUCGGGGGCUCCGAUGAUCGGAAAUCUUUGGAACUAGGCGGGAGAAUGGCAGAACAAACAACAUUUAAGCUGACUCUGGUAAGGUUCAUUGAGAACGACAAUGGCUUAUCAAGCAACGAGAUUAACUACGAGGGGGAAAAGGACCAGGAUAAGGCCGCACUGGAGGGAUUCAAGAGGAAGUUGAACGAGUCAGUGGAGUACCAAGAGAAGAUGAUGAGCAACAUUAAACAGGAACUGCUAACGAUAGGGCAAAGUGGGGUUUACGACCUUGUAUUGGUGGGGAAAGGAAGGUUCCCAUCAAAUAUGGAGGCAAAAAUUGCCGAUAAUCAGGCCGAGAACGUGGACCUGGGAUCGAUUGGAAACAUUUUGGCUUCAUCACGCUAUUGCAUUUUAUCAUCCGUACUAGUGAUCCAAUGCCAGCACAAUAGGCCUAAGAGCCAUAACCGGAAGAUCUCGGCUAGUGCUAUUGUGAAGAAGCAGGCCAUAGCUUCCACUCAGUCGAGCGAGGCUCAGCAAGAUUGUAAAGAGGUCUCAGCAAACGUCGCCCUUCUGAUUGAUGAGGAUGACAUAGUAAAAUCCGUCGACGAAGAGCAUGCUUGGGAGACGUCGGUAAAUUUGGUCAAGCUCAUAUGGGAGAGUAAUCCCUCACUUGACUUUUCCUUCCUCCUCACUGAGUAUCAUACUGAGGUCGAGAGGACGAGGGCUGAGGUUGCGUGGUUGGAGUUUGUUUACUUAAACAACUCUGAGUUUCAUAAAGGUUCGGAUGGUGAGGUUGAGAUCGAGGAAGAGAAAAUUGUGAUCAAGAAUGUUAGCUCGCCUACUGUUGAGGCAGCUCCUAAGGAGAAAGUCAACGAAGAACACCCCAGGGUGGCUAAGGAAAGGGUCACGUCAAAAGUUCCAACUGAUACUUCCAAGGUUGCUAAGGAUGGCAGCACCUUGGAUACUUCGGCCAAAGAUCUCCCUCCAACUUAG